AGGCGGACCGCGGCGAGGGGCGGCCUUUGGGCGGUGCACGGCGGCCGGGCCCUUCGCGCCUUCACUCGCGGACCUCGGUGGCUGCCUCAGUCCAGGGGCCCGGUCGCUGGUGGUGGGCUCGGGCCGGGUGAAGCCGGAGCCCGGGAGCCCACACGCUGUUGGUGACCGGAGGUGGCCCGGAGCCUCCCGGCAUGGAGCGGGCUCCCCAGGGCACGUUCCAAGAGGAGCUGCAGUGGUGCAUUUCGCAGCUGGAGGCAAAUCUUCGCUUCAGCCGGACCCCCAAACAAGCAGGGGAGACCCAGGACAUUCUCAAGGUCCUGCGCUCCCAUGACACGCCUUUUGUGAAGAAGCAGCAAGUGAUGAACCAAAUGUUUGGGGAUUGUCGCCUCAGGAUGGCUGAGGAUCAGAAGGGCAUGGACAAAGCAGUCAUGAAACCUGGUGAUGUGGAAGUACAGCAGAGCAAUGGGCAGGCUUCAGGUGGUGUGGUGUAUGGCAGACAAUCUGACCAAAUCUCUGAGGCAACGCCAAAGUGGUUCAUGUCGUCUGACAGCAGCUUCCGAUUUGAUUUCACGCUUUCUGACAGUGACACACAAGCAACUGGCACACCUUUGGAAACAGUCCCUGGUGUCAGUGGUGCUGAGAAGAUACAAACCAGUAUUGGAGGCACUGAGCAGGAGAACUGGAAUGGAGCCUUGAGGUUUGCUGCCUCUGGACAAGAACCCAAGUUUGCUUUCAACUUUGCCACCCCAGAUGAAGACUGUCCUCUGGAUCAGUUAGUUCCAGCAAGCCAACAUAUAGACUGUACAGCAGGUCAUGAGGUGCUGGGUAAUUCUUUGCCUGCUGAAUCAGCAGGUAUGCCACAGACUGCAGCCUUGCAGAAGCCUGAGUUGACUCAAACUACAGGUAGUUCACCCAAAGAGCAUAGAAGCAAUGUCACAUUAAGGAUCCCCCAACCAGAGACUGCUCCUGGAGAUGAGACAGUGGCAGAGAAAUCAGCAGAUGGAGCUGUCCAGAAGAAGAAGAAGAAGAAGAAGAAACAAAAAACAUCUGUCAGUAAAAAGGAGAUAAAAGAAACUGAGAUCAACAGGAAGGCAAAGGCAGAAGCUAGCAGAUGUCAAAAUGCAGAUACUCCCCACCAGGAUGAGACCUCUCAGCAGUCAGGGGACCAGCUGUGGAAGGAGGUGGACUGGUGUGUGGAACAGCUGGAACUUGGCCUGAAGACACAGAAAUCCACUCCAAAGCAGGUCGAGGAGGCUCUCCGUGCAAUCAAGACACUGCGCAAUGACAAGGCUCCGCUGGUGAAGAAGCGUCAACUCAUGAGAGUCAUGUUUGGAGACUACAGGAAAAAGAUGGAGGAGGAGCUGUGCAAAGAGCUGAAGCUCAUGGAAGCAGCUGUGAAAUCUGCCAGAGUUGUGGAAGUGAAGGGAAGCAUCCGCAAGAAGAAAGGCCAGUUCAUCCGGAAGUGCUCAGGGGCUUCCAGGAAAAGUCAAGGUUCAGCAGGAUCCCUUUCAGAGUCACCCGGGACACAUAACACAGGCCCAUUCAAAUUCACACCUUCCCAAGAAGAGUUUCGCUUUAAUUUCUUCUAGGAAAGUCUAAAACUGUGGCUAAAACCUGUGCCAUAUCUCCUAUAAACUUAAGAAUGGUGGAAAGAUGCUGAGCAGUAGGAAAUGUUACCCAAGAAACUCAGUCUUUUCUAAAGUAAGGUUCAUCUUUCAGAAGAAGAACCAGCUUCUGUGAAGAUCCAGCAGUGUAAGCAUAAUGGAUAGUUGGGUGCUUCCACUCCAUGUGAGUCAAUGCAGCCUCUGGUAUCCAGAAAGCCCUGGGCAGUGUGUCAUCACUGCCACCUAGAGUAGGAAGUUCAGGGCCUUGGAGGAAAAUGAGUGAGAAUUGUCCUUGCUCGUUCAUCUCUUCAGUUGACGGGUAUAGACUUCAAAGAGAAUUGCAAAUGCUGCUUUAAUCUAGCUUAGGGAUGUAAAGACAGUUGUUUCCAGACAGGGAAGGAUUUUUGUUGCUGAAGCCAGGUACGGGCCAGCUGGGAAGGAUGUACAAUCGGCUCUUAAAAAACAAGUUUACUGUAUAAGUAGCCCAGUUACAACCACCAGUGACUCAGAGGCUGAAUCAGCUGCAUGCCAAAGCUUGGGUGGUGGUGAAAUGAACUGAGAGAGCCCAAGGACUCUUCUGCAUUUGAUUUGUAUUAAAUUUUUGCUACCUUGACAGUUGAAUGUGUCUCUCCACACAGUGGAGUUUCAGUGUUUCAAUACUACUUCAGCGACUCAACCCAUCUCCUGUGUUUAGGCAGAAAAUCUUCCUCUUUAAGCUUAAAAAAGCUGAAGGAACAGAAGUCCUUUAAAAGGAAAGAUGGUAUCAGGUGUCCCUGAGUGCAGUGCUCUCUUUCCUUUUUAUAGUCCAGUCAUCCUGCCUGAGAGGCAAGAAAAGGGAGUGUAGGCAGGUUCCAGGGUGUACUAGGAGCAGCGGAGAUGGUGGAAAACAUUUGCUAGGAAAGGCUUCAAAAAAACCUUAUGUUGGCUACAAAAAAAAUGUAUUAGUAAGCUCUGAUACAGUCUGUUCCAUCUGUGAUAUUUGUUUGUUUGUUUGUUUUAAAGAAUGCUUGUCUAGCAUAAGGAGAAACUGAACCUGGGUAACAUACCUGAUGAGGAGAAAUAUAGAGAGAAGACUUUUAAGUCUUCUGGAAAUCAGUAGGCGAGCAAAUUAUUCUUUUGCUUGCUGAGGAACACUGCUGGGAGUUAGUGACUGUAUGGAACAACGCUAUACAGUAUUUUUUUGUUUUCCAGGGUUUUAUAUUACGCAUACAGAAGCUGUGUCAUCAAACUUUUUGUGUUUUCAUGCCAUUCAGUAAGAUUAAAAAGGAUCUUGUACAUGACCUUGGAUCUACAGCUGUUUUCUUUCCUAGCUGGUUAUGCAGCAUAAGUCUGGGAAAACGGGUAUUUUGUUCCUACCUUGUUUCAGGUCAAUCAUUCCCAGGGCUGGGAAUGAAGUCUGCACUUUCUAGAAGUGUACAGUCCUUAGGAUAGAGGAAAAGCAAAGCAGGCUCCUUUCUCCAGUCUUGGCCCAGCUGAGCACACAGAGAAAUCUGUGGUGGCACUAGACAGGCUGACCAGGUACAUCCAGUACAGGAUAAUUAUUUCCACAUGAAGAAUCCCAAGGUCAUUAUUCAUAUAAAUUCCCAUGGAAGUCAGUUGAGCAAAAAUUUGAAGAAUUCCCCUAAAUACAGAAGUAUCAUAAGAGUAUUUACAGUAAAUUGCAAAUAUAAUCAAGGUUGGGUGAUAUGCUCUGGAAUCACUCUUCCUAGCCAUGCUGAUCUUAUUCCUCUGUUUUUUUUCCCUCUAGUUGGAUCAGUUGCAAGUCAGCUAGCUGAGAAAUCCUUUCAAACAGGAAACUGCACAGCUAGUGUUGGUAAAAUGUUUAAAAUCCUGUGCUGUGGAAGGCUGCAGGAGUAUUCUGGAAAGCAUUCUUAGCUAUUGCCUUAUGAUUAGUAUUCGUUAGGCUUUCACAACUAGAAUAAAGAAAUCGGUGAGGUGGACAUUUGGUGUAACCUAAUCCAGCUGGUGUAUCUCCAAAGAGAGCAGAGAGAAAAAGCAUUCUAAACGUGAAUGGCUCCUGUAGCUUUUCAGAGGUCUUCCCAAGAUGCGGACCAGCCAGGCCAUAUUCCUCUCGCAGUGCGUCAUUACUAGAGGACCCGGAAGGCAAGUGUUCACCAAGGUGAUGCUUCAUAGCACUGAGUGCGCCUGUGUGCAGGACUAGAGCCUGCUGGGUCAGUUCACGACUGUGUGAUCCUGGCCAAGGCAUUUUGCCUUUCUGUGUGGAAUCCCUGUUUUCAUAGUCGAGGUGAUGCCUCCUGCCUCUUUGACAGACGUGCCCAAGUUAUUUCAUUAAUGAUUGUGUCUUGAAGAGGCAACUCUGUAGUAUUUUGCAUGUGAACUUAGAGCAGUCUUCACUCUUACGCUUUGCGAUGUUUGAAGCAUCUCUGUUGCGUUAUCAUUUAUUUGAAAAGAAACAGUGUUAUUUGAAGUUAGGAAAUGCUGUCACUGCUCCAUCAGUCUGUUCCCCCUCACAGCAGCCACAAUGCAGUCUUAAUGACAUUU